AUGAACAUCAGCAACACUGGUACCGAGCAUACGAAUACGACGAUUAGAGGCUGGGUUCCGCAGCCAAAUGGCCGGGGCACCCUCGAUAUCCUUGUCUCUUGUGCUGUGACCAUCUUCUUAUGCGGCUGGUCCUCAAUCUGCGUCAACGUACCAGCAUCCGACCAUUCCAGAUGGGAUUUAUUCUGGGACAAAUGGCAUAUGUUUUGCUUAUCUAUGCUUGGUCCAGAAUUUGUCUUUAUGCUGGCUCUAGGACAGUAUAUGCGUGCGGAUGCCACCGUCAAGCUGUACCAUGAUAAAGGCUUCAGGGAUUGGACCAUUAAACAAGGAUUUUAUGCCGACAUGGGCGGCUUUGUCCUUAAACCCCGUGGCUGGAAGGAGUUUCCAGUCAAUGCGAAACAACUGUUGUACUUGAUUGAGCGUGGCCACAUCCGAUAUCCGGAGACCAGAGUAAGCCAAAUCAAUGACAGAAACAAGUCGGACAGCUUAGCAAGGUUUGUCACCGCAUGCCAGAUCAUCUGGUUCGUUCUUAAUGUCAUCGCUCGGCCUACGCAAAAGCUCGCAGUGACAACCAUCGAAAUCACCACUAUUGCAUCGAUCGUCUGCACUCUGGGUGUCAAUUUCUGUUGGAGACAUAAGCCAAUGGAUGUGGGCACGGCCAUAGUUCUUGAGACAGAUCGCUCAAUGUACGACAUCCUCGAAGAUGCCGGGGAUCUCUGCUCAGAGCCCUACAAAACGACACCACUCGAUUUCCUCAGCCGCGAAGAAUGGAUAGGCACCAAGCUAUGGAGUUACAACGUCAACAUACUGCGGAAACUGCACAUCGUGCGCCAGCGGCCUCGAGUGCUUCCUAUUCAGCAUUUGUCCUCUUUCAACUUUCCAAAGCUCUCUACGGGUGGGACCGUGGUUUGCCUGUCCAUGGCUGUGGCCUACUCGGCGAUACUGAUGAUUGCGUGGAAUUUUGAAUUUCCUUCCUCAGCAGAGAGACAGAUUUGGCGCAUCUGUAGCUCUUUAACCAUGGCACUUACGCUUGUCGUCGGGAUAGUCGAGAUAGCACUUCCUUCACCUCGCAAUCCGAAAGAUGAGGAAGCCUGCGACGGGACAGAAAUGACCCAAAAGACACCAUCCCCCAACGUCUUUGAGAGAAUUGCCAACAAACGCUUUAAUAAUUCCCUGGACAAAGACCCCGCCCUGGAUGUACCUGUGAAAUCAAUGCUGCUCACACAACCCAUCUGCGCCAUCUAUACUGUGUGUCGUAUAUAUGUCUUGUUGGAGGAUCUCAUCGGUCUCCGAGCAUUACCGGCAACUGUUUUUCAAAAUGUGGACUGGGCUGUAUAUUUGCCACACAUAUGA